AUGGCUUUGCGAGUCGCAGCGCCAGACGCGUUGUCGCGGCGGCAGCAGGCUCCUCGGGUGGCGACAGAGGCGGAGCUGCGGCUGCACCUCAUUACGCGGGGUGGCCGCUUCCAAGCGGCGCGCUACACCAACGGAGGACGGCAGGUCAUCGGCAACUUCGACACCGCGGACGAGGCGGCGGUGGCGUACGCGUGGGCGGUCGCCGCAGAGCAGGGAGAUGCAGAGCAGGUGUGGCCUGGCUUACAGGGAGAUGCGUCCGGAGACGAGGUGUACGAGGCGGGGGACGAGGUGUGGUACUACGAUCGCGGGGUUGGGUGGACUCCGUGUGGGGUGGCGGCCGUGCACCGCACCGUGCACCGCAACGAUGCGGCCGACUCGGAGAUGUCGCACAAGGAGGCGUUCAAGCAGGCCGCGCGCAACUGGGGCACCGCCGACGCCAACCCGCGAAAGCGCGGCAUUGUCGACACGGCGUGGCGCGCGGCCGACUCGGAGAUGUCGCACAAGGAGGCGUUCAAGCAGGCCGCGCGCAACUGGGGCACCGCCGACGCCAACCCGCGAAAGCGCGGCAUUGUCGACACGGCGUGGCGCGGCGAGCUCGGCUGCUUUUGCGACACCGACCGCCACUUGCCGACCAGCGACGUGCCGUUUGAGGUGAUGGAGGCCACCUCGCCCAUCCGCGCGUCGAUCUUCAAGGACAGCACGACUGGGCCUCGCCCAGCCCCCACCGCCGCUGGCGCCGAGGCAGUCCGGCAGGCGGAGAGGGAGGGCCCGACUCUGGCCAGCAGCAACAACAACAACACCGGCUACAGGAGCGUUACUUACUACCCGAAUCGGCAAGGCAGCAAGAAGUACAUGCUGGAGGUGACGACGGCGGAGAGGGAGGGCCUCACCCUCACCGCCAGCAGCAGCAGCAACAGCGGCUACAGGGGCGUCUGCUACUGCCCGAAGCAGAACGGCAGCAAGAAGUACAAGCUAUCGGUGAGGGUUGGCGGUAAGAUGGCCUUCCUCGGCCUCUUCGCCACCGCCGAGGAGGCGGCGCUCGUCUACGCCCGCAGGGAGGCGGGCAGGGACACCAGCAGGCCAGCCGGCACUCGGACACUUGCAGGCUUGCACUCAAUCUGCCAGAUGUCCGAGGCGGCGGCGGGCAGCGCGGCGACCCCUGGUGAUGGGGCAAUAUCGCUCGCACGAGCUGCCCCGCCACCUGCGUUUCCUCCUCUGCUGUCUCGUCCGCAGCCGAUGCCGAUGCUGCUGCAGCUCGAGCCUCGCGCGCUGCGGGAGGCGCCCACGCAUGCGCCCAUCGCGUCCUCCCGCGCCGCUCUCGCGGCCCUGACGCGCGAGUUGCUGCGCGGCCUCGCCGCGAACCCGUCGCUGAUGCCGGGCGGCGUCGAGGACUUCUUCGUCCGGGUCAACAUGGGCUCCAAGAAGUACAUGUACGUCCCCGCGCAGGUCGUCGAGAUGCAGUCGCCCGAGGGGGCGAGUGGAGAGCACCAGAUGCAGGAGCUCUCCGAGAUCGCAUCCAACCUCGCGAGCGGCGUGCUGCGCAACUUGCCGCAGGCUGUGGCGGACGAGGCGGAGGGGGUGCGCCACCCCUUCGAGGCGCAGGACAGUGUGAACGGAAGGAACGUCUCCCUCGGCUCCAUCGGCACGGCGGUGGAGGCGGCGGUGGCGCACGCGCGUGCGGUCGGCGAGUACCAGCCUCCUCCUCCUCCGACGGUGGCGGCAGAGGCGGAGGGGCUGCGGCUGCACCUCUCCAGCAGCAGCGCCACCGGCUACAAGGGCGUGCGCGAGCAUGUCUCUUCUGGCCGCUUCGAGGUGCGGCACACGGCGAACGGGCGGCAGGUCACCCUCGGCUGCUUCGACACGGCGGUGGAGGCGGCGGUGGCGUACGCGCGGGCGGUCGGCGACACCGAGUACCAGCCUCCCCCUCCUCCUCUUCCGGCGGUGGCGACAGAGGCGGAGGGGCUGCGGCUGCACCUCUCGAGCACCAGCAGCACCGGCUACCUUGGCGGCGUGUGGGUGUGCUGCGACGCGUGCGGCCGCUGGUGCCACGGCGAGUGCGCCGGGAUGGACCUGCAGCAGGCCGAGGAGGCGGAGGGGUACAUAUGCCCGCUCUGCGAGGCUGGGGCCGGGCCCGCGGAGGCGGAGGGCUUGCGCUUGCACCUCUCCAGCAGCAACAGCACCGGCUACAAGAACGUGGGCGAGCACCCAGGCCGCUUCGAAGCGAAGCGCGUGGUGGACGGUAGGAUGGUCUACAUCGGCUCCUUCGACACAGCAGUGGAGGCGGCGGUGGCGUAUGCGAGGACGGCCGGGCAGGCGGGGGGAGAGGCAGGGCCGUCGGCUCCAGCGGAGGGCGAGCCUCCGGCGGCCUACGAGCCUCCGACGCCGGCAGUGGGAGGCGGAGGCGGCAGCGGGAGGGGGUGA